AUGAAUAUCUUUCGGCUUUUAGCCGAUUUCUCCCAUCUGGCGUCGAUCUUCAUGCUACUCCAGAAAAUGAAGACGUCUAGCAGCUGUUCUGGAUUGUCUUUUAAAUCACAGGUGCUGUAUCUCCUCGUUUUUAUCACUCGUUAUCUCGAUCUCUUUUGGACAUUUACUGAGUCCCUAUACCUCACUACGUUCAAACUUCUCUUCAUUGGAUCCUCGGCCUACGUCAUUUAUCUCAUGCUCAACGACUACAAACCCACGCAUGAUCCCAACAUUGAUACUUUCAAGGUUCAGUACCUCUUGGGAAUCAGCGCCGUGCUCGCAAUCCUUUUCCCACACGACUAUCGCGUUUCCGAGAUCCUCUGGACCUUUUCGAUCUGGCUGGAAUCGGUCGCAAUUUUGCCCCAACUCUUUAUGCUCCAACGAACCGGAGAAGCAGACACGAUUACCACCCAUUACCUGUUUGCCCUAGGUCUAUAUCGAGCACUCUACAUCCCCAACUGGAUGUACCGGUACUUCACUGAAGCCGCCUUCCAACGUUCCUUCCAACCUGUUCCUAUUCUCGCGGGCAUUAUCCAAACCCUGCUAUACACGGACUUCUUCUACAUCUACUACAACAAGGUUUUGAAGGGCAAGAAGUUCUCGCUUCCUGUCUAG